CUCAAAUCCAGCUUUUAUAGACUUCAUGAGGUGUCAGGUGGAGGUGUUGCAAUCACAAUGAGUAUUGCGAGGCUCCAUGGGCGAAGCCCACUUCAAGGCCUUGUAAGGUGCCGAAAGCUAGCGCGAAGUUUUUCUUCGGCCGAGUGGAGCCAGUAUGCAUACAGCACUCCACUUUUCCGAAAGACCAGGAGAGAAGAGCUGGCAGAGAAAUGGGACAACCUGGGUUUUUCCAUUCGGCCAAUGAAUGGACACGUGAGGUAUACCUAUGCAGAUGGCAACUGGGACUCGGGUGUUUUUGUUCCAGCUCCAUACCAACUGAUGCACAUCAAUGCAGGAGCGCUGCAUUAUGGUGUGUCAGUAUUUGAAGGCAUGAAGGCCUUUGCUUGUAAGGAUGGCAAGAUCCGCUUGCUGAAUCCGGAGCUGAAUGCCCAACGAAUGCAGAAAGGUGCUGAUGCCCUGCUGAUGCCCCAAGUGCCGACGGACAUGUUCAUCAACGGGGUGAUGGAAGCCAUCAGACGAAACAGAGAAUUUGUUCCACCUUACGGAAACAAUGCAUCGCUCUACGUGCGGCCAUUGCUCUUUGCAAGUGGCCAGAUGUUGGGUUUGGCGCCGUUGGCGAGCGAAUAUACCUUUUUUGUCACUGUCCUGCCAGCUGGUGGAUAUUUUGGAAAGGGCAGCGAGGUCGGCGUGAAGGCUCUAGUGAGCAACAACCACGACCGUGCUGCUCCCAAAGGGCUGGGUGCCGUGAAGGCUGCUGGCAACUACGCCGCAGAUAUCGCUCCAGUGCAUUCGGCCCAUGCAGAGGGCUACAAUACCACACUCUACUUAGAUGCCAAAGAAAGGAAGUUCAUCGAGGAGUUCUCGGUGUGCAACUUUGUUGGAAUUACCAAGGACGGCCGCUACGUGACGCCCAAGUCUGACACGAUUUUGCAGUCAACAACAAACAUCAUGCUUCAGCAGCUUGCACGGGACCGCGGCAUGAUUGUUGAAGAGAGACCCAUCGACUUUGAGAAGGAAAUCGGAAACCUCAAAGAAGUGGGUAUGUGCGGAACCGCAGCUGUGGUGGUGAAAGUGAACUCCAUUACUCAUGGAGAGACGACCCUUACGUUCGAUGAUUUUGAUGUGAUUUCUAGCUUGCGAAGUGAGCUUACGGCAAUUCAGUGUGGAGAAGUUGAAGAUAAGCACGGAUGGAUGAAAGAAGUCUGUGACGUUGUCAAUGAUAGCAUCCCUGAGGUCUUCCCAGUUCAGCCUCGUUCCUUCGCACCUGACAUGGUCACCGCAGAGGCCAAAGGACAGGUCCAACGUAUGGGCAGCCAAGCCAUGCACGGCCUAGAAAGACUCCUUCUGGAACAUGUCGUGGCCAAUGCCGAGCCUGGCAAUCCCGACAGCGUCCUGGCAGCAAUGGACGCUUUCUGGAACAAGACAUUUCAAGCACAAGGUGCAGAGAAGUGGAAUGUGCGUGGCCUGAAAAUUGAAGAAGCCGUCAGAGAAAAGGUCCAAGCCAAGGAGGGAAAGAACACUCCUGUUCGAUGUCUUGAGAUGGGCACCUAUUGUGGCUACAGUGCCCUCCGAAUAGCUAGGAAUUUGCCUGAGGGAGGAAAGCUCCUUAGCGUUGAGAAGGAUGAACUGUUUGCUGCCAUCGCAACAAAAAUCAUCGAAUUUGCUGGGCUGGACGACAAGGUAAAGAUUUGGAUGGGAACGGUUCACUCUGAGAUUGCCAACAUCACAACCAGGUUGGAGCAAGAACCAGCAGACUUUGUUCUGGUCGACCACUCCAAGGAGAGAUAUGUUCCAGACCUGAAGCUGCUUGAAGAGUGCGGAGUUGUCACCAAGGACACUGCCGUGGUUGGUGACGUGGAAGUGUAUCCUGGUGAUGAGAGGCCUCCAAAGGUCAUCGAAGAAGAGAUCGGACGCUUCUUCGCAGACAGGGCUUUUGGAUUGGCAACCAUGGUUUGAGCUGUUUUGCAGUGGAGACCCUUUCAAGGAUCUUCGAUGCACAAUCUUGUAGGGAGUGAUCCCUGAUCUGGCCUGUGGGGCAGAAUCACUGCUCGUGAAGCAGCUGCCAGCAAUCCCCCUUUUUUCAUAGUUCGGGCGCAUGCGACGCCAGCGACCCCCCGACAGCAAGCUGGGAAGCUGAGCUAGAGAUGUUGCACUUGAAAUCCACAACUCUGUUUUUGUGUGCGUUUCUGUUGGUGUCC